UGAUGGGCUGUUAUUACACAACAUAGCAGUAUUACAGUUUGUUGACCGUGCCCUUCAGUGAUUGUGCUCUUCUAUGAUUAUGCGCAGAAGCGGUCAGAAGGUAGUCUAGGUCUGUAUGGAGAUGGAGCGUGCACACUACAGUUCCCGACAUCCCAUCUCGGCAAUCGCUGUUCUCCUCGCAUGUUUACGCAUGAGGCGCUUCUGCAGUGAGCUACUGGAUAUUGAUGUGCUUUAAUGUGUCCCCACUCCUCUCCUCUUACCUCUCCUCCUUCUCCGCUCUGUCCAUAGAGACUCAGCGCGCUCAGAUGCACUUGGCGUUCUAGCGGUAGAAACAGCAGCGGGAGCGUCUCAAUGCAGAGGCAGCAAGAGCACCCCGAUGGCCACCAGCACAAGAGACUGCGCUAAGCAGACGACCAGCGCGCGCGUUCAUCUGUGCUUCUCAACCCCGAACCUCCUCUAGCGAAGAGAGAGGUGCCCAAAUCCGUUUGAGGAUAUCGCUUUUUUUGUCCCUUUUUUUUGUCCAUUCGAUGAAGAAGAACUGAUGACGAUGUAUCGGCGAUGGUGGAUUUCCCUUUUGUGCGUCUAUGGACUGAUGUGCAUCGUUCAUUCCAGCAAUCAUAUACCUCGAAAUGGAGACGCCUUGUCGCAGGCGAAGGCUGUUCGUGAUGCGAGCAGGUUCGCCGGGAAGGAGGACACGGUCCCACUCCGUCUGCUCUACAGCAUGCACAACCACAGUCAAAUCACCCACGAUGUCAUCAGCACCAGGACGAGAGCCAGUUCCAGCCCCACACAGGGGAACCACGUGGCCCAAGCCAGCUUCCAGGUGAACGCGUUUGGUGAGCAGUUCAUCUUGGAUGUUGAACUGAACCAUGAUCUUCUGUCUUCAAAGUACAUGGAGAGGCAUAUUUCAGAAAAUGGGAAGGCUGUCAUCUUCAAAGGAGGAGAACAUUGUUAUUACCAGGGGGUAGUGCGGGACAUCCCUGAGUCCUUCGUGGCCCUCUCCACCUGCCACGGCCUGCAUGGGAUGUUCUUUGAUGGGAAUCACACCUACAUGAUCGAGCCUGGAGGAAAGGACCACAUCAGCGGUGAUGUCCAGAUCCACAUGAUCUAUAAAUCAGCAGGACAAGAGGCAGCAGCCUACUUCCUUCCUAUUGUUGACCUCCCAGAGCCUCCUUUCCCCAGCCCUCCAUUUCCUGGGUCAAAGGUCAUCCACAGGAGGAAGAAGAGACAGGCCCCGCGGGUUGGAGGCAGUGUAACCGAGGAGACCAAGUACAUCGAGCUGAUGGUGAUCAACGACCAUCUGAUGUAUAAAAAGCAUCGUCUCUCUGUUGGUCAGACGAAUAACUACGCUAAGUCUGUGAUCAAUAUGGCUGAUAUGAUCUUCAAGGAGCAGCUCAACACCCGCAUUGUGCUGGUUGCCAUGGAGACGUGGGCGGCUGACAACCGGUUCAACAUCGACGACGACCCCAUGAUGACCUUGAGGGAGUUCAUGAAGUACAGACGAGACUUCAUCAAGGAGAAGUGUGACUCUGUGCAUCUUUUCUCAGGAAACCGGUUUCAUAGCAGCUGGGGAGGAGCUUCCUAUAUGGGAGGAGUCUGUUCUCUAACUAAAGGAGGAGGAGUCAAUGAGUAUGGCAAGACAGAUGAGAUGGCCAUAACCCUGGCCCAGUCUCUGGGACAAAACAUUGGCAUCUUUUCUGACAAGAAGAGGAUCCUCAAUGGCGAGUGCAAGUGUGAUGACCGUUGGUCUGGCUGCAUCAUGGAUGAUGUUGGCUUCUACCUGCCCAAGAGGUUCUCCAACUGCAAUGUGGAGGAGUACCACACCUUCCUCAACACUGGUGGUGGAGCCUGUCUCUUCAACAAACCAAUAAAGCUGGUUGACCCUCCAGAGUGUGGGAAUGGUUUGGUGGAGCCAGGGGAGGAGUGUGACUGUGGUAGCCCAGCGGAGUGCGAGAGGGAGGGAGAGAAGUGCUGUCAGAAGUGUACACUCACACAAGGCUCAAAGUGUAGCGACGGACUGUGCUGUAACAACUGUCAGAUGGAGUUUAUGGGCGUGGUUUGUAGGGAGGCAGUGAAUGACUGUGAUAUUCCAGAGAACUGCACUGGUAACUCCAGCCAGUGUCCCCCGAACGUGCACAAGAUGGACGGCUACUCAUGUGAAAAGGAACAGGGUCGUUGCUUCAACGGGAGGUGCAAGACCAAAGACAGACAGUGCAAGUACCUGUGGGGAGAGAAGGCGACUGCUGCUGAUAAGUUCUGUUAUGAGAAGUUGAAUAUCGAGGGGACAGAGAAGGGGAACUGUGGGAAGGACAAAGACACAUGGGUCCAAUGCAACAAGCAAGACGUGCAUUGUGGGUACCUGCUAUGUUCCAACAUAUCGCCGGCCCCCCGACUAGGAGAGUUGCAGGGGGGACUGACGUCCUUCUCUGUUGCACAGCACAGUGCCUCGCUGGACUGCAGUGGGGGUCAUGUGAUGAUAGACGGGGACAGUGACCUGGGCUAUGUGGAGGAUGGGACAGCGUGUGGGACAGAGAGGGUCUGCUUCAACCACAAGUGUCUGCCCCUUCAGGAGUUCAACUUCAGCACCUGCCCUGGAACCACCGAGAAGACCAUCUGUUCUGGACAUGGGAUUUGUAGUAAUGAGCUGAAGUGUGUGUGUCACUUGGGUUGGACUGGAGACGAUUGUAACUCCACGUCUCCUCUCAGCUACCUGGUGGUUGGACCCACCGCCUCUGUAUCAGGUAUCACCAGUACUAACAUCAUCAUCGGGGCCAUCGCUGGCUCCAUUCUGUUCCUGGCUCUCAUCCUGGCCAUCACCGCCUGGGGAUACAAGAGCUACAGACAGCGGUGCUACGUUGAGUCAGAGGUUCACAGAAGAUUCUGCAGGCAAAUGCCUCCGGGUGACUAUGUGAAGAAACCCGGGGAUGCAGACUCAUUCUACAGUGACCUGGCCCCUGGGGUCAGCACCAACUCAGGCUGUAGCUCCAAGAAGAGGUCUGGCUGUCUGUCUAACCUGCAGAUAUACACGCUCUCUUUCCCCCCCUCCAUCGCCUCCAUCUCACAAAACAUCUCUCUGUUUGCAUUCAGGUCAAACGGUCUGUCCCACUCGUGGAGCGAGCGAAUCCCUGACGCCAAACACAUCUCUGACAUUUGUGAGAACGGACGACCCAGGAGCAACUCAUGGCAAGGAAAUCUGAGUGGAAAUCGCAAGAAGUCGAAAGGGAAGAAGUUCCGUCCUCGCUCCAACUCUACAGAGUAUUUAACCCCUCGCUUCCCAACAGAGAAUUAUGAUGUAACUAAGUGGGUAGAAGAUGUGAAUAAAAACUUUGAAGGACCCUACCAUAGGACGCUCUCCCCGGCGAAGUCGCCCACCUCCUCCACGGGGUCCAUUGCAUCCAGCCGGAGGUACCCUUACCCCAUGCCCCCCCUCCCCGAUGACCAGAAGAAGGCCAACAGGCAGAGUGCCAGGCUGUGGGAGACUUCAAUAUAACACUCCUGUUAUCUACUCUGCAAAACUACUUAAGAACUACAUUUUCGUCCACUUUUCUAUGAAUUAAAAAAUACAAAGCAAAACAAAAUUGAAACAAAAUGACGAAAAAAGUGAGCAACUGGUGUGAGCGGAAAAGAGAAGCAGAGGAAGAUGAAGAGGAGGAAGGUGUGAGAGUGUGUGAGAAUGUGUGAAAGUGUGUGCGAGGUCCGUCAGACCUGACCUGCUCAGUAGGGGACGCUACAGGGGCCAUCUGUCAUUCCUACACUGACAAGCCAAGACAGAACGAGGCAAGACAAGAUACCUUUCAGAUUAGUUGGAGAUCCACCAGAGAUCAGCCCUUCACUCAUUGGUGAGGAAAAAGCAAAGCUGUUGUGAUGGUAACAGUGCAGACAGAGAGGAGAGGCCUUGUUGUGGAUGUCUCCCCCACUCCCAACACCCCAACAUCCCCCCAGCUUCCACCACACUCUUCUAGCUCCUCCCUCAAACUGUCCCACCUUACCUUACUCACCUCUCCCCCCAACCCCCCUCUAGCCCUGCCCCUAUGUAAACUCUCUCCUCUGAUUGGUGCUCCUCUCUGUUGAGGGGCGCGGACAGCUAUCAUAUCGGCAGAUUUCUCUACCAUUUUGAAGCACGCUGUUUAAUUACUGUAGAAAACUCCAACACUGUAUGCAUGAGAACCCCUGUUAAUCAACUCUUCCUAGUGUCACAAAGAAGAAGUCUGGGACGGACAGCAUGCGGGGGAUGGUGAUGUCAUAUGUACUGUAGGCCUUUAAGCUUUCUUUACAUUAUAGGCUUCUUCUAUCUCUGUGAUCAGCGACUCAUUAUGAACUGUAUCACACAUUAUACUAGCCAACUGCCCCUGACAUGGACCCUAGACCCUAGACUCUAGACCCUAGCCCCUAGACCCUAGCCACUCCGUUCUCUUUCUUUCGCCGUGUCAGGUUUUGCUGAAGGAUUUGGUUAUCGUUGUAAAUAUGUACAGCUUAAAGGCAGAGUAAUGUGUGCUUUUCUUUUUUACUUACUGGGAGGUGAAUGAUGAAGGGAUGCUCCCCCUCUCCUCCUCCUGCUGUGGUUCGUGUUGUAGACAGGCAGGGUCUCCGUAGGUCUUUGUAGAGACCCCGUACUUGGUUUUUCUGUCUGUUUCUCUCUUUUCAUUUCUGGCUGAACUCUCUCUCUUCUCUCCCGUGUGGCUGUGUGAACACUCCAGCUUUCUUUUUCUUCCACAGCAGAAUGUACAAACAGUGUUCUAUAUUUCCUCUUUGUGUCACCCCUUUCUCUGAGUAAUGCACUCAGUCACAGCCCGUCAUAAUUAAGACAGUAAACUUAAGAAUGUCAUUUAUUUAUAACAUUAACUGAGCAUUUUUGGAUAUUGAUAAUGAUGAAUAUAUUUUGAACUAAGAUCGUCCCAUGAGCCCUCCUCGCUACAGAGUGGAGAGAACAAGUGUUUUUUUGUAGUUUUAGAUGUGAUAUACAUGUUCAUUUGGCCAUGGUGGUUUAGAGAAGUUGGAGAAAUGUCCUGUGACUAUAAUCAUUCCACACUACGGUCUGUGUGUACAGCAGGGACAGACUGGCCAUCUGACAUUUUGGGCAAAUACAAGAUGGCCUGGUCCAUUUUUUACACAGUGGGUCUUACUUGUUUUCUGGGGGGGGGGGCAAAAGGAUAAUUAUCUUGCUAAUAAUGGGGGUCUCGAGGAAAGAAAUUGGCCGUUGUGUUUAAAAUGCCAGAGCCGAUUUCUGGUCCCAGUCCGCCCCUGGUGUACAGUGUGAGACCAGACAUAACAGAUAGAUACAACUGGAACUGACAACGCCGCUGAGAUGCAACUGGACAAUGUGGGAAUAACAAUUUGGGAACUGAACAUUGUGUCAGAUGAAUUUGGAUUUGUUUGGAUAAAAUUAUUAAAAUGUGCAUUUUUGCUUUUGUUUUGUUUCCUACUGUAAGUUUGCCCUGCUGUCUGUAAAUGAUGAAGUGUCCUGUACAGUGCUUGCUGUUUGAGAUUUAUAAGACCAACAGAAUGACAAUGGAUCUACUAGCUAGCACACUAUCGCUGUUCUCUAGUAAUCUGUCUGUGAGGCUGUAAUACGAAAUAAGCAUGUCAUUGAAAUAGUUUUUUCCUUGAUUGCCAAUUGCUGUUAUCUUCUUGGAAUUUCAUACCAUAAACCCCAUAUCAGUAGUGAACAGGUUUUCAACAUAAUCAACCAGGUCUGAAACAUUUUCAUGAAUGGCCCGAGUAAUCUAGUGGUUUAAAUGUGGCUUAAGAUUCAGGUUCUUACCUACUCAGAGUAGGAUAAAGUGUCCCUAGUCACUGAUCCAAGGUCAGUUUUGUAUCUUACCCCCCUGAUGGUAAAUGUUGUGAAUUGGGGAGUGGAAAGCUGAUCUUAGAUCUGUGGCUAAAGGGAAACUUAUUUGUACAGAAGUCACAACCCCCAUCCUGUAGUUACUGUACUGUCCAUAUCAGUUAAGCCUGCUGUAUGUUAACUCCGAAUGCUUAAGUUUAAAAUGUGGGCACUGAUCGUUUUGAUUUUCUACUGUAUGCAUUAUGACUGCAAAGAUAUUAAGAUCACCACAAUAUCACAUUAAUAUUGCUACUGUAUGACAAGUCUCAAGUAUUUUUUUUUACUCUUAAGUACCUUUAUAUGUUCACUUCUCAGUGUUGUGUACAGCCGUUAUUCAGACAGACCAACUGCAUUGUUGUUCUUCUGUGCAUUGAGUGGAACGGAGAUAUGAUGCAGACAUUUUAGUUUUUUAAGGCACACAUUCGUCUUGGACUGCUCUGGCAUGUGAAGAUCUGUACGUGUCUUCUAUGUUAUGAUGGGACGCAGCUAUGGCAACAUGGGGUGCAUUAUGCUAUAGGGAUCUGUGCAGGUGAGCUCAUGUUGACUAAAGCUCUCAUCACUCUUGUCUUAUUUCAAUUACGAUAUGAUUGGCUGGUGCUUAGUAACUUGAGUUUUGACCAAGGGAUUCCCUAGGCCGUGGUAAUAUGCAAAUAAAGGAUCAUACUUGUCAAGCAAUAUUUUAAAUAUCAUACUGUCUUAAUUCUGACAUCUAUGAUAAUUUACCUGCAGGUCAUAGGAUUGAGGUUAGACAUUAGGAUGGUGGCAGGUGGAACCUGUCCAGGUAACAAGAUGUAACUUGUCUGAUGUGUGUUAUCUGUAUUAGUGGCUUGACUGACGUAACCCAACCGGACCCACAGAGAAACGUCCAAACGCCACAAAGUAUGGACAGAUUCUUGAAUGUAUCAAUACAACCAAGCACCAAGCACCCAGCCAUAGCCUGUGGAGAAGUAGGUUAUAUCAGGCCUCUGAAUGAACCAUGAAGUCUACUGAGAAGUAGGUUAUAUCAGGCCUCUGAACACACCAUGCAGUCUACUGAGAAGUAGGUUAUAUCAGGCCUCUGAAUACACCAUGAAGUCUACUGAGAAGUAGGUUAUAUCAGGCCUCUGAACACACCAUGCAGUCUACUGAGAAGUAGGUUAUAUCAGGCCUCUGAAUACACCAUGAAGUCUACUGAGAAGUAGGUUAUAUCAGGCCUCUGAAUACACCAUGAAGUCUACUGAGAAGUAGGUUAUAUCAGGCCUCUGAAUCCACCAUGCAGUCCCAUCCUGCUGCAGUAUGCUCCUACUGCGACCUUAACCUUCAUAUGUACCGCUACAAAAUGUAUAUACAGUCGGUUCCCAAAUGAUUGCCACCCUGCAUGAGCAAUAAUGACUGUAAAAUAAAUAAUUCAAAUACUGACCUAAAUUGUAUGUAACAAAAAAAAUUGGGAAAUCAUAUUAUUUGAUAAUACUUUUGCUCAGAGAAAGAUCUACCUCAAAAAGGUUAGGGGUCAAAAUGAUUGAAACGCCAAAGGGUUCUUAUAAAGUAGUCAAAAGUUUCAUAUUCGGUCCCAUAUUCCUAUAGCACACAAUGACUACACCAAGCUUGUGACUCUAAAAACUUGUUGGAUGCAAAAAUGUGUCAUUGCGUGCUAGGAAUAUGGGACCAAAUAAACUUUUGACUGACUUUAAUUGUAAGAAUCUUUAGGGGUGUCAAUUUUGACAUUCCUUUUUGAGACAAAUAAGUAUUACUUGUUAAACAAUCUUUUGCUGAGCAUCUGUAUUAGUAUAAAUCAAUCGUUUCCCCUGUUUAAAAAAAUACAAUAUAGCUUAGUAUUUUAAUUAUUUCACAGUCAUUAUUGCUCAUCUUUAUGGAGGGUGUCAAUCAUUAAGACCCCACUGUAUGCUGUACAUAGACUGACAAUGCAAAAAUCAAUGCCCAUAUUUUUUUUCUUUUCUUACAAUAUCAUUCAGUAUUGUAAUAUAUUUAAUAUAAAAUAAAACUUUCAGCGAUA